AUGUUCUUUCACCUCUUAUUUAAACCCCUCUGGAUUUCAUUUUUGACUAGGCCUUAUCUUCAAGGACACAAACAUCCACACACAAAUAUUACAUGUACGUUUAGAUAGAUAGAUUCACAGGAUCAAACACAUACACACAUUUCCUUCACAAAUGAGAACCCGGAGAGGAGAGUGUUAUAUGUCGCCGGAAAAGUUCGUUACGAAGAGACGGCGAGAUUUUCCAGGCGAGACUUGCCGGAAACGUCACAAGAAAAUCGAUUUUCUUGAUAAUCUACCCGAUGAUCUCGUGCUUACGAUUCUCUCGAAGCUCAGCUCCUCCGCCGCUUGCCCCGCUGAUCUCGGCCGUGUUUUAGUCACAUGUAAGAGACUCAAUGACUUGGGGCUGCGUUCUAUGGUGCUGGCUAAAGCUUCUCCGAAAGUGUUCGCCGUGAAAGCUUCCCGGUGGUCGGAAUCAACUCACCGGUUUCUUAAGCAAUGUGCUGAGGCUGGAAAUGUUGAAGCCUGUUACACUCUCGGCAUGAUUCGAUUUUAUUGUCUGAAUAACCGAGGCACGGGAGCGUCACUACUAGCGAAAGCCGCGAUUAAGUUACACGCUCCGGCACUCUAUGCGCUCGCGGUUAUUCAGUUUAAUGGUAGCGGUGGUUCGAAAACCGAUAAAGAUCUCCGAGCCGGCGUGGCGCUGUGCGCUCGAGCCGCUUUUCUAGGCCACGUCGACGCGCUACGCGAGCUAGGCCAUUGUCUCCAAGACGGCUACGGCGUGCGCCAAAACAUAACAGAAGGGCGCCGCUUCUUGGUCCAAGCCAACGCUCGCGAGCUAGCCGCGGUUUUGAACACGGCUCCACAGGCGCUUACUUCUAGCUCAUGGCUCGUGUGGAACCCACUCCCAAGCCACAGGCAUGUUCAUUUGGCUGGCUGUUCUAAUUGUCCUUUGCUCAGUGACUUUGGCUGCAAUGUUCCCGAGCCGGCUCCUCAGCCGGCUAAUCAGUUUUUGACUGAUUGGUUCGGGGGCAAGAGUCCGGGUCCGGGGCUCCGUUUGUGUUCGCAUGUGGGGUGCGGUCGACCCGAGUCGAGGAGGCAUGAGUUUCGGAGGUGUUCCGUUUGUGGCAAAGUGAAUUAUUGUUCAAGAGCCUGUCAAGCUCUCGACUGGAGGACACGACAUAAAUCCGAGUGUACACCUACCGAGAGAUGGGAGGAUGAUCACAAUAUCGAAGGCGAGGGUGAUCUCGAAGGUGAAGCAAUGGACGAGAGUUGAAUUCGAGAUCUUAAUUAAGAAAAAACUAAAAGAAAAUAGAUAGAAAUUUUGGAAAAGAGAAAAUUUAAGUUAUAGUAACAACAAUUUUACUUGCUUCAAGUCAGUUACUUGUAUGUUCAAGAUGGAGAUAGCAACUUGUAUCAACAGUGUUAUCUACAUUUCUGUCUUUGUGCCUUGAAAUUUUAGUACUGUCAAAAUGAAUUCAAGUUACCAUAUUCAAAUUCAUUGUA